AACUGAAUAGCGCACAAAAAAAAAAGCGACACACACUUCGCAGGGCAAGGUUCAAUCGCCGCCUGUUCCCACUUUCCUUCUUCACAGAGAUGGCGGAGACGAAGAGAAAGACCAGAGACAACAACGACAGACAAGUCAUGAAGAAGAGAAAGUUUUCGAAUUCCAAAACCCUAGAUCACUCGAAGAAGAAGAAGAACAACAAGAAGAAGGAAGGCGGAGAGAGGAGGAAAAGGACUGGGCCGCACUUGCCGAAUUCCUUGCGGAAGGAGAUCGAGCUCAUGAACCAAGCUAAACCUAGAAACAGCGACGACGAGGAAGAGAUCGAUUCCGAUGACGCCAACGACGUGUACGAGUACGAGGAAGCGAUUCCCGAGGAAGAAUCCGGAAAGAAUCGCCGGUACGAUCCUGUCGAGAAUUUCGAGUACGAGCUCCCAGAGCAAUUUAAGGAUGAGAAUGUAGCAUCAGAUGAUGAUGAAGAUGGUAGUGAUGCCAAUGGUAGUAGGGAUGACCAAAAUGGAGAUGAGAUUGAGGAAGACGAAGGCAGGCAUUCAAGGAUGUUGCAACAAAUCACUGGGCUUCCAGUUGAGGCUUUUGAAGGUAAUAGGAGGAAAAAUGAUCUUGUCAUAUCUGAGGCAUACCCAGAGUCUGAAUAUAAUCCCAGUCGUAGUGUUCUUGAUGGUGAUGGCCGCAUUAGCAUUCAGGACCUUCUGGACCCUCUCCAUGGAAAGCUUGGCUUUAGCAAAGUUAGAGCGAGCAUGCAACGAAUGGAGAAGAAAUCCAUGCCCAUUCAAGCACCUCUUCCAAAAGUAGAUCGGGAGAAGGUGGAGAGGAAAGUAGCUUAUGAACAAUCAAAGAAGGAUAUUACAAAGUGGGAGCCUUUGGUCAAGAAGAAUAGAGAGGCGCCAACUCUUUAUUUUGAUGAAGACAGAAACCUGGGAUAUUCCACUGUAGGUGCAAUAGCUUCUGAAUUUGAACCUAGAAGUGAGUUUGAGAAGAAAAUUGCUUCCUUGGUUAAUGAUAAUGGAGUUGCGGAAGCUCACAGCAAAGAUGGAGCAAGGCUUUUAGAACUGAACAAGAUAUCUGUUGAAGAUGUGAAGGACCGCAAGGACCAUCUUGCUAAAAUGCGUAGCCUUCUUUUCCGUCACGAAUUGAAGGCCAAACGCAUAAAGAAGAUCAAGUCCAAAACAUUUCAUCGUGUAUUGAAGAAGGAUAGAUUGAAAGCUGUAGCUGCUGAAAUGGAAAUGAACCCAGAAGCCGCUAAAGAUCUUGCCAUGAAGCAAGAGUUCGAACGAGCUGAGGAGCGCAUGACACAGAAGCACAAAAAUAGCUCCAAAUGGGCAAAGCGGAUUUUGAGGCGUGGAUUGGAUAUCCAAGAUGAAGGAACCCGGGCUGCUAUUUCAGAACAGCUCCAUCAACAUGCUCUCUUGACUAGAAAAAUGAACUCAAUGAAGGAAAGCACCAGCAGUGAUGACAGCAGUGACGAGGAUGAUGAUAUUGAUAUCUCAGAUAUAUCAGAUGAGGGACAUGCACCAAAAUUGUUGGAGAAAGCGAAAGAGAAGACACUUGAAGUAAUAGAAGAGGAAGAUGAAGUACCUAAAUCUGGAGUGCUUUCGUUGCCUUUCAUGGUCCGUGGGUUGAAAAAGAGAAAAGAGGCGGCUGAUGAAGAAGCUAAGCUUGCUCUUGAAGAAUAUGAAUCAACGUUGAAGCAGUUGGGGGAUAAGACGGUACAAGAAAAGGUGAAAUCUGGAACUACAACUGGCAGACGGGUUUUUGGUGCUCCUAAAAAGAAGGUUGAAGAAUCAAGUAAGAAAGUCAAAGUUGAUAAUUAUUAUGGGAACAGUGAUAGUGAAGACAACUUGGAGGCCAAAGAAGAUAUUGAUGCUGGACAAGAUGGCAGUAGUAAUUUUCAGAAGGGUGUUAAUGUUGAUCCUGAUUUACUUCGUGAAGAGUCUGAGAUCGGACACGAUCCUGUGUUUAAGAAUUUUGACGAUAUUGUCAAAGACCCUGGGUCCAAGACAACGUAUGAAGUGGCUAUUUUCACAUCAGACACAUGGAAGAAGAUGAAAAAAACUUCGGCAAAUGAUAAUAAGCAGAUCAAAAGUGGAAAAGAAGUAGAUGUCAAUGUCAAGAACUCUUCAAAGGUUUUGGAACCUACUUUGAAUGAUCAAGAUUUAGAGGAAAUAGGCUAUGAAAAUGAUUCGGAUAGUGAGGGGCAGAUGGUAGAUGGAAUUUUGUCCUCUGGCACAAUGGCUACUUAUGAACUUCCAUCUCAAGAAGACUUAAUACGGCGUGCUUUUGCUGGAGAUGACGUGGAAGAUGAUUUUGAGAGGAAUAAGCAGGAGGUAUUGAAUGAAGAAAAUCCUGAACCGGAGAAGCCUAUUUUGCUCCCUGGCUGGGGCCAGUGGACUCAUAUACAGCAAAAGAAGGGCUUACCCUCUUGGAUGCUGGAAGAGCAUGAGAACGCCAAAAAGAAGAGGGAAGAAGUUCUUAAGAAGAGGAAGGACGCGCAUCUUAAGCAUGUGAUCAUUUCUGAGAAAGUGGAUAAGAAGGCAGAAAAACUACAUCCAAAGACAUUGCCCUACCCAUAUACAUCACUGGAGGUGUUUGAACAGAGCAUCAGAAUGCCUAUUGGACCUGAAUACCACCCAAUGUCGACAAUUGGAGCUCUUAAUCGGCCACAAGUGGUUAAGAAACCCGGUGUGAUCAUAAAACCAAUUAAAUUUGAAGAUGUGAAUCCCCAUGAAAGAACGGAGCAGCACAAGAAGAGUGGACAGAAGCAGAAGAAGAAAAGUAGUGGCAGGUCUAUAAAAAGCAUGAAUGCCAAGGGGAUUAAAGUUUAAAUGAAACCAGUUUUGUGGAGACAUUUUAGUUUUGUUAUACAAGGAAUAUGGAAGAAUCAAAAUGGAAGUUUUGCUUAAGAUGUUUUAACUAUGGACCAUUAUGUUAUAAGCAAACUUUGUUCUGUUUUUGAGGCUUUGUGGAGUUGAAAUUAGGAAAAUUCUGCAAGAUAGGAGCAGUAAAAGAGCUUUCACGUACCUUAGCGGUAGUAUAUCUCUGUAACCAUAUUUGCUUUUCGUUACAGUACGCCUAUCUAAUUAUGUUUUUUCCCCUGCGAUCA